AUGAAUUUCCUGAGCAUUCCUUUAAAGAAGUCGGCUUCUGUUGAUUUAUCUAGUCAGUUUCAACAACUGAUCGCCCUUCAAUAUGGUGCGUUGACCGCGAAUGCGUGCGUAGGUUCACUCAGUGAGCUUGCGUCAAUGCGAACUGUCGCAUGUGUCAAGGGCGAUAAUUACAAUCCGACAGUCGAAGCUAUCGCGGCGUACCAUGAUGCGAUGUAUCAGCUAGAAGGACGUCUAAAUGUGAAUAUUGCUUCACGAGUUGAUUUUAAGUGGAGCGAUAUUUCUGGAAAAUCUAACAAAAAAGAAAGCUCUCUUAAAUUUGAACGUUCAAAUGUCUUGUUUUGCUAUGGUGCUGCUCACAGUCAACUUGGUGAAUCGUGCCGUCCGAAUUGUGAAAAUUCACUCCAACAAGCUUUGAAAUCUUUUAAGAUUGCUUCCUGCACAUUUGAUUACAUAUCUUCAGAAUUGAUGUCUGGGGUUAAAGAACCUCUGCCAGAUUUAACUUCAUCAUCACUAACACUGUUUAGCAAUCUUAUGCUUGCUCAAGCAUAUGAAUGUGUCCUCUCGAAAGCUGAAAAAGAUAAGAAAAAGCCUGGGAUUUUAGCAAGAAUAGCAUCAACCUUGACUAAUCUUUACGAAGACUGCCUGUCAGAGUGUUCAGGUGGAGCUAAAAAUGUUGUUCCAAAAGAUUGGUCUGGUGUUUUGAGCAUGAAAAAAGGUUUGUAUGAAGCUCUGACCCAGUAUCAUCAGUCUAAAGCUUGUUGCGAAGCCAAACAGUAUGGGGAACAAGUAGCUCGCAUAUCAUUUGCCUAUGAGCUAAUCAAAGGUGUUGCUCGAAGUAGUUGUUUUCAGCGAAAGAAUUUAGUGGAACAAUUUAAACAAGAAGAAUCAGUUGCAGUAAAAGACAAUGAUCAUAUAUAUCACGAAAAGGUACCGCCUAGAGGAACUCUUGCUCCUGUUGAAAGUGUUGAUGUCAUUAAAAAAAACCCACUCACAUUCCCUUUGUCUUCAUCGAAUACCAAAGAUUACUUCGAAAAUCUACUUCCUAUCGCUGUUACAGAAGCUGUUAACACUGCCAAAGGUGUUCGUGCAUCUCUUAUCGAUAGCGAAGUUUGUAGGCUACGAGAAGAAUCUACUAAAGUGAAUGAAGUGUUGGCUUCAUACAAUUUACCGGCAGCACUACUUGCCAAUGGAUUAAGCUCAAUUACGAGUAAUAUUUUAUCCAAAGCUUCUUCUGUACGUCGAGAUGGUGGGGUAGAAAAAUUAUAUCAGCAACUACUGUCAAUACCUGAAUGCGUUCAACGUAAUAAGGAAAUUAUUGAGGCUGAGAAAAGUUCACUAGAUGAUGAAGAGAAUUCUGAUAAUAGUUUACGAAAACAAUAUGGUGAACGUUGGUCACGGAAACCAUCAAGUGAAUUAAACAAAUUAUGGCGUUCUGAUAUACAAAAAUGUUUGAAUUUACUUGAACAGACUACGAAAACAGAUGCGUCUCUUUUAGAUCGAUAUGAAAAGCAUAAAGAACAUUUUGAAAUAUUAAGUAAACCAGAAGAUGAACUUCAAGCGCUUAUUGAGUCAGAUUCAAAAUUUCCCGAAUCUGGUACUGAAGCCAAUAAUGAAGAACUAAAAUCUGAACUAACUCAAUUAUGCAACAAACUAGAAUCAAUUAAAACGGAAAGAAAUGAUCUCAUCGAACAGUUAAAAUUAGUCGAUUAUUCACCAGAUCUAGUUAAAAAGCUAUUGACGUACUAUAGAGAACAUAAUGAAACAAUUGAUUUACAAAUUGCUACUGAUAUGCUUGAGGAAAAAAUGGUAUCUGUGCGUGAACUUAUUCAAGAAAAUUUAAACAAACAAGAAGGUUUAUUAAAUGACUUACAAACAAAAGCUGAUAUGUUUUAUGGUGCGUCCGAUGGUAAUUCAAAAGAUAAAGGACUAUUGACAAUGCUUAACCUGGCUGCAGAUGAGUAUUCUGCACUUACAGAAGCUGUUCGUGAUGCCACGAAAUUUUACGCUGAGCUUACUGAGAUUUGUGUGAAUACCCAGUGUAAGAUUGAAGAUUUCUGCGCUGCACGUACUACUGAGAAAAAUGAAUUAAUGUCUGAUAUCGCAACAAAUAUAAGCCGAGUUCGUGUUUCAGAUCAACAAGUCUUUCCGAAACCAUCCGUCCCUACUCGACCUGAACCAUCUUAUGCUAACCGUGUUAACCCUGUUCCUCCUGCUCAUCCUCAAGUUCCAAUGCCAAUACCAACAAUCCCCAUGAUGAAUAAUAACACAUAUCCGAUGCCUCCACAACCAUGGAAUCCUCAAGGCUAUCCUGUGAUGCCUCAACCUUCACCAUUUGGAAUGGCUCCUUAUCCAGCAAUGUAUCCAUUCUAUGGCGCUUAUCCUACAAUGCCGAUGCCUCCAAAUGCAUCAUUUUCCCCCCCUAACAUGAUGCACCCUGCUCAUUCAAUGGGUGCUAAUGGUGCUUUUCCUAAUGUUAGUGGAGGUAUUACUGACCCACCUGCUCCCGCUGCUGGUGGUGGUCUUCAGGGACAGUAUCUACCUGGACAACCUUCUGCACAGCCUUAA